CUGUGGCUGCUGCGGAGCACUGCGUCCUCGCUAUAAACGUCUGGUGGAUAAUAUCUUUCCUGAAGACCCUAAAGAUGGGCUCGUUAAAGCCGACAUGGAGAAACUCACAUUCUAUGCUGUGUCUGCCCCGGAGAAACUUGACCGCAUUGGGGCAUACCUGGCGGAAAGGUUGAGCAGAGACGUGGUGCGGCAUCGCUACGGCAAUGUCUUCAUUGCAAUGGAGGCCCUGGAUCAGCUCCUCAUGGCCUGCCACUCCCAGAGCAUCAAGCCGUUCGUGGAGAGCUUUCUGCAUAUGGUGGCCAAGCUUCUAGAGUCUGGAGAACCCAAGCUUCAGGUCUACGGAACAAAUUCUUUUGUCAAGUUUGCGAACAUUGAAGAAGACACUCCCUCCUAUCACCGGCGCUACGAUUUCUUUGUGUCCAGGUUCAGCGCAAUGUGUCACUCCUGUCACAGCGACCCCGAAGUGCAGACAGAAAUAAGAAUUGCAGGCAUACGAGGGAUCCAAGGUGUUGUCCGCAAAACCGUAAAUGACGAGCUUCGCGCCACAAUAUGGGAGCCGCAACACAUGGAUAAAAUCGUUCCGUCGUUGCUGUUUAAUAUGCAGAAGAUCGAGGACAAUGACAGCCGCAUCGGCCCCCCGGCAUCCCCAAGCGUCACUGAAAAAGAGGAGAACCCUGGGGUCCUGGCCGAAAACUGCUUCAGAGAAUUACUUGGAAGAGCCGCUUACGGAAAUAUGAAUAAUGCCGUGCGGCCAGUGUUUGCACAUCUAGACCAUCACAAGCUAUGGGAGUCAAACGAGUUUGCUGUUUCCUGCUUUAAAAUUAUCAUGUACUCUAUUCAGGCUCAGUACUCUCAUCAUGUGAUCCAGCAGAUCCUUGGGCACCUGAAUUUUCACAAGAGGGCUUCUCCUCGCAUACGAGCAGGCAUUGUGCAGGUUCUUCUUGAAGCGGUCGCCAUUGCUGCUAAAGGCUCCAUCGGCCCGACAGUGCUGGAGGUUUUUAACACACUGUUAAGACAUCUGACUCUUAGCGUGGACUUUGAAUUGGGGGACCGAAGAAGUUCAGCGGGUAGUGCCAGGUCCAGUGCGACCAAAGAGAGCGACGAGCGCAUCGUGCAGAAUGCCAUAAUUCAGACGAUCGGGUUUUUCGGAAGCAACUUACCGGACUACCAGAGGUCGGAGAUCAUGAUGUUCAUUAUGGGCAAAGUUCCGGUGUUUGGAUCUUCACAUACACUCGACACAAGCCAGCUUGGGGAUUUGGGAACAAAAAGGAUCCAGAUUAUGCUGCUGAGGUCACUGCUCAUGGUGACCUCGGGUUAUAAAGCGAAGACCAUAGCGGCCGCCCUCCCCUCGCCAUUUCUGGAUCCUCUGCUCUCGCCGUCGCUGAUGGAAGAUUCGGACCUGCGCCAGCUAGUGCUGGAGAUUCUGCACAAUCUUAUAGAUCGUCAUGACAACCGAGCAAAGCUGCGAGGCAUCAGAAUCAUUCCUGACGUUGGUGACCUCAAGAUAAAGCGGGAAAAAAUCAGCAGGCAGGACUUGAACUUUAUAAAAAAGCACGGCCAGCAGCUUUAUCGUCACAUAUAUCUGGGCUGUAAGGAGGAGGACAAUGUACAUAAGAACUAUGAGCUUCUGUAUACAGCCUUGGCUCUGGUCACCAUCGAACUGGCCAAUGAAGAAGUUGUCAUCGAUCUGAUCCGGGUGGCUAUUGCACUACAGGACAUAGCAAUCACUAACGAGGACAGCCUGCAGAUGUUUAACCGAUGUAGCAUCAUGGCGCUGGUCGCAGCUUAUCUGAAUUUCCUCAGUCAGAUGAUUGCAGUCCCUGCCUUUUGCCAGCAUGUCAGUAAGGUUAUAGAGACCAGACAGAUGGACGCACCUUAUUUUUUGCCAGAAGUCAUUUUUAGAGAUAAAUGCAGCCUUCCCAAGUCUCUAGAAAAGCACGAUAAGAGCGUCUACUUCCUGACCAACAAAAUUGCGGAAUCCCUGGGCGGCAGUGGUUACAGCGUGGAGAGACUGUCUGUCACCUAUGUGCCCCAAGUGACAGCUCUCUUUCCAUCACUCCAAAAAGUACGUAAAAGUCCAUGCGAAUCAAAAGAUGAAGACCGAUUAUCCAGAAGGAAGAGCAUAGUGGACACCAUAUCCAUCCAGGUGGACAUGAUGACUGGGAGCAACUCAGAGGACAAGGUGAACACUGAAGAGAUUACAUUUGAAUCAUUGAAGAAGGCCAUAGAGAAUACGGGAAUGGAAGAGCAGGAAAAAGAGAAGAGACGCCUGGUCAUAGAAAAGUUCCAGAAAGCACCAUUUGAGGAAAUUGCUGCACAGUGUGAAUCCAAAGCUAACAUGCUACAUGACAAGCUGGCCCAGAUACUGGAGCUGACCAUAAGGCCCCCACCCAGCCCUUCGGGAACAAUAACCAUCACGGCGGGACACGCCCAGUACCAUUCCAUUCCAGUGUAUGAGAUGAAAUUCCCAGAUCUUUGCGUUUACUAAGCCGCAGGUCCCGGUCCGUCCAUCCGGGGCUCCUGCAGCUGCUGGUGUUUUAGAGUUAGUUCAGCUUCUCAGUAUUCAGACACUCCAUCAGAUCCAUAAGGCAGGGACUUAUAACUGUUACAUAGCCAGCUGAGAUUUGGAUUACUUGAAUGAUUAGGACUGUUUCCUACAGAUACCAAAA